AUGAUUUUUAUUAAGAUUAUAACACUUUAUGAUAGAAUAUAUAUACUUUUGUCGGAGUUCUCGAUUUUACCGCAGAAAAAGGUAAAGUAGCAAAAAAUUUAUAAAAACCAAACUUGUGUUUUACAGAGGGUUGAUAAAUAAUUUUAUCCUAUGAAAAAAGAUUAGAUAGAGGAAGACUCAUUAAAAUAUAAAUUCAUGAAACUACUUUUAGAGAUUUACCACAUCCAGAGCUAUUUUAGUGAAUCAUCUUAGAAAUUUCAUAUGUUUAACUGA